CUCUCUCUCUUUCUCUCCCUUUCUCUGUAUCACUAUUAUAAACGUUUAAACAGUUUACUUUGAAUCUGUUAACCGAACCCUAAUUUGCUACCUGAACAAACCACCCGCUCAAGAUUAGAACAAGCUGUUGAUGGGUUUUGAUUCUCUGCUGCCGGCGCCGGUGAGUACUGAUAAUUCUCUUGCCACCGUUGAUUUUUCGAAUUCCUUGUUGGAUGAUCCCAGUAAGAAGAUUCGGAAGCCGUAUACUAUUACCAAGUCUAGACAGAACUGGACUGACAUUGAACACGAUAAGUUUCUCGAAGCUCUUCAUCUCUUUGAUCGUGACUGGAAAAAGAUUGAAGCUUUUGUUGGGUCCAAGACUGCUAUUCAGAUACGGAGCCAUGCACAGAAGUACUUUCUGAAGGUUCAGAAAAGUGGCACAAAAGAGCAUGUCCCGCCCCCUCGGCCAAAGAGGAAAGCAGCUCACCCAUACCCUCACAAGGCCCCUAAAAACGGUGUACCCAAAGUAGAAGGAAUUUUGCAGCCGACUGCUGAUUUAAUUGAACACACAGAUUCAUAUCUGUGGCCUACAAACGCAUGCAGCACUGCAGGUUUGGCUUCCUGGAUGUACAAUACAAUAGCCCCACCAGAUUUGCCCACAAAAGAUGAUGUCAGAUCAUCGGGGGCUGCUAUUUCACACAAUUGUUGUAGCAGCAGCAUUGAUAGCGGUCCAGGGAUAUGGCCAACUGGUGAAACAAACAAUCAACAAGAAGUAAAACAGAGAGUGGCAGGGAGAGUGAUGCCGGACUUCCCAAAAGUCUACAGAUUCAUUGGCGGCAUCUUUGAUCCGAAUGAAAGCAAUCACUUGCAGAAGUUGAAGAUGAUGGAUUCAGUGGAUGUUGAGACGGUGAUUUUGUUGAUGAAAAAUCUGUGUGCUAAUUUGAAAAGCCCACAAUUCGAGGACUAUGUAAGUACUCUUCCAGUAUCGCCUUCACCAUCUUUAUCUGAUCCUAUUUUUACGAAUGAAACACUGAAGAUGAUCUUCCUUCACCCAUAAAAUUGCAAAUUUUCUUUUUUCUUUGUGAAUAUAACAAGUUUCAAACUAGCCAUGGCUGCAAAUCAUUUGUGACAUCGUGGCAAGAUUCCUAGAUUUGUUUUGAUUGAAGAAGUCGACCAUUAUAACAUAAAACUGUGGGUGUUUUUGAGUCGAAAGGAUGCAAUUUUCAUGGGACAACAAAGGUUUCCAAGGGUAUUUGGCAGAGAUUUCAUCCUCUUUAUUCCAGUCCUUGUCUCAUGGAAGAUUCAGCCACCGUUUUUAUGAUAAAUUUUGAAGUCUGUUUUGGAUUAAUAGCCAGGUGGUAUCGAGUUGUGUACAAAGUUUAGUAUGUUGAUCCUCUUUUUCUAUAAUCGACCAAUAGUUGAACGUUAUGAUCCGGGUUGCUUCUUUUAUGUCACAUUUAACACGAUGGCAUGUUUACAUUACAUACAGAGGAGAUUAUUUUCUUCAUACGAUGUGGGGAGUGGGAAAGUUGUAUCCAGCAGUGGUCGUGCAAUCCCAUCAUCAUGAGAGUUUUGAAG